AUGACCCCGCGCAGGCUGCUGCCGCCGCUGCUGCUGACGCUGCUGCUCGCCGCCCGCCCGUCAGGCGCCCUGGCCCGGUGCCCGGGCUGCGGGCAGGGGGCGCCAGCGGGCUGCCCCGGGGGCUGCGCUGCGGAGGAGGGCGCGGGGCGGCCCGCGGAGGCAUGUGCGGAGGCCGGGGGCUGCCUCCGGAGGGAGGGGCAGCAGUGCGGGGUCUACACCCCCAACUGCGCCCCCGGACUGCAGUGCCAGCCGCCGGAGGGAGACCCGGCCCCGCUGCGGGCGCUGCUGACCGGCCGGGGCCGCUGCCGCCCUGCGCGCGCGCCCACGGGGGAGAAUCCUAAGGAGAGCAAGCCCCACUCGGGGACCACUCGCCAACAGGACCCGAGCCGUAGAAACCAACAAAGGAACCCGGGGACCUCUACCACUCCGGCCAGGCCCAAUCCUGGGGGUGUCCAAGACUCUGAGAUGGGCCCGUGCCGCAAACAUCUGGACUCAGUGCUACGGCAACUCCAGAUGGAAAUCUUCCGGGGGUCUCACACUCUCUACGUGCCUAACUGUGACCACCGGGGCUUCUACCGGAAGCGGCAGUGCCGCUCCUCCCAGGGCCAGCGCCGAGGGCCCUGCUGGUGUGUGGACCGGAUGGGCCAGCCCCUGCCAGCAUCCGGGGACAGCAAUGGCGGCUCCCCCUGCUCCGCAGGAAGCAGUGGCUAA